AUGAAUAUACCCCCUAAUAGUAAUAAAACCCCAUUAAAACCAAGACCAGAUUCUCUCGAGCUGUUGAUUUUGGAAGAAGCCGAAGACGACUCUUUUUCGCCGGAAACUAUGGAUGUUAGCAACAACAACAAUAGCACGGCGAGCAAUGUGGCCCAAGCGAUUAUCGCCGUUCUCGAUUAUAACUCUACUCCCGAUGCUCGCAAAGCCGCCGUUGCUUUCCUCGAAUCUAUCAAGUGUGGAGAUAUCAGGACUCUAGCACAUAUUUCCUUAUGUCUAGUGAAAAAGGAGUGCUCUUCAGAGAUUCGACUGCACGCCUUCAAAAUGCUACAGCAUUUGGUUAGACUAAGGUGGGAGGAAUUAAGCCCCUCAGAACGCAGGGAUUUUGCUAAGGUCUCUGUUGAACUAAUGUCAGAGAUUGCUACUCCAUGUGAGGAAUGGUCUCUGAAGAGUCAGUCAGCUGCCCUUGUAGCUGAGAUAGUUAGGAGAGAAGGCCACGAUCUUUGGCAGGAGUUGUUUCCUUCACUAGCUUCCUUGUCGGCACAGGGCCCGUUACAAGCUGAAGUGGUCUCAAUGAUGCUCAGAUGGCUUCCUGAAGAUAUUACAGUUCACAAUGAGGACUUGGAAGGUGACAGGCGUCGGCUACUGUUGCGGGGGCUUACUCAGUCUUUGCCUGAGAUUUUGCCUUUAUUAUAUAAUCUUCUCGAGAGACACUUUGGAGCUGCAAUGAGUGAAGCUAGUAGGUUACGAGUUGACUUGGCAAAACAGCACGCGGCUGUGGUUAUAGCUUGUUUAAAUGCCAUCAAUGCAUAUGCCGAAUGGGCUCCUGUUUUAGAUCUUUCUAGAUAUGGAAUUAUUAACGGGUGCGGAGCGUUACUUUCUUCUCCUGACUUCCGUCUUCAUGCUUCUGAGUUUUUCAAACUUGUCUGCUCAAGAAAAAGACCCAGUGAUGUUUCUGGUACUGAAUUCGAUUCUGCGAUUAGCAGUCUGUUUCAGAGUCUGAUGAAUGUCUCAAGAGAAUUCUUAAACAGAUCAGCCUCAUGUGCUGGGGUUAUAGAUGAAAGUGAUUAUGAGUUUGCUGAGUGUAUAUGUGAAAGUUUGGUCUCUUUAGGCUCAACAAACUUGCAAUGUAUUGCUACCGAUGGUGGCGUGCUGGCUUUAUACCUUCAACAGAUGCUUGGUUUCUUUCAACACUUUAAGUUGGGUCUUCACUUUGAAGCAAUGCUCUUCUGGCUGGCAUUAAUGAGAGAUUUACUUUCGAAGCCAAAGGCUGCCGCUUAUCCAAGUGGAGAGGGACCAGCAGUUGGUGGUGUUCAAAGUUCAAGCACAGUUGAUAACGAAAAGAAAAAGAUACUAGGUCUUAUUAGUGAUGAAAUCUCUAGCACAAUCCUGGAUGUAUCUUUCCAGCGUAUGCUCAAGAAAGAAAAAGUUCCUCCUCGAAUUGCUCUUUCUCUCGGGCCUCUAGAACUUUGGAAUGAUGAGUUUGAAGGAAAGGGAGACUUUGGUCAAUACCGAUCAAGGCUCUUAGACUUGGUCAAGUUUAUUGCUUCUCACAAGCCCCUCGUUGCCAGUACUAAAAUAUCUGAAAGGAUUAUCACUCUCAUUAAGGAUCUAUUGGCUUCUCCAGUGCCUCUUCAGGAUGUAGCAGUGAUGGACAGCCUGCAAAUGGCAUUUGACUGUAUUGUGGCAACGGUUUUUGAUGGAUCCAAUGAGUUUGCUGGUGGUAGUUCUGAAGUUCAUUUUUCAUUGCGUGGAAUAUUUGAGGGCUUGCUUCAGCAGCUUCUCUCUUUGAAAUGGACCGAGCCAGAACUUAUAAAAAUGCUUGGGCACUAUCUCGAUGCUAUGGGUCCCUUUCUCAAGUAUUUCCCAGAUGCAGUUGGAAGUGUGAUUAACAAAUUGUUUGAACUUCUUACCUCUCUUCCACACGUUGUCAAGGAUCCAGCAACUAGUACGUCAAGAGUUGCAAGAUUGCAGAUUUGUACGUCUUUUAUACGUAUAGCUAAAGCCGCUGAUAAAAGUGUUCUGCCUCACAUGAAGUCUAUUGCUGAUACAAUGGCAUAUUUGCAAAGAGAAGGAACUUUGCUCCGUGGGGAGCAUAACAUUUUGGGUGAAGCAUUUCUUGUUAUGGCUUCUGCAGCAGGAGCUCAACAGCAGCAAGAAGUUCUUACUUGGUUACUGGAGCCAUUGAGCCAACAGUGGAUCCAAUCGGAGUGGCAGAAUUGCUAUCUAUCAGACCCUAUGGGUCUUGUUCGUUUGUGCUCGAACACACCCUUCAUGUGGUCUUUGUUCCACACAGUUACAUUCUUUGAGAAGGCGGUCAAGAGAAGUGGACACAGAAAAAGCAACUUAAAUACGACCUUAGUAACAAGUCAAGAUUUGCAUCCUAUGGCUCAUCAUCUUUCUUGGAUGUUGCCACCUCUCUUAAAACUUCUUCGUGUUAUCCAUUCCCUUUGGUCUCCCUCAGUAUAUGAAACACUUCCCCCAGAGAUGAGGGCAGCUAUGACAAUGGCUGAUGUUGAGCGAUACAGUCUCCUUGGGGAAGCAAAUCCUAAAUUGUCCAAAGUCUCGUCUGUUUAUGCUGAUGGAUCUUUUGAUGGUGGUAAAGGACAAUCUGAGGCAAGUGAAUCUGAUGUGCGAAAUUGGUUGAAAGGUAUCCGAGAUAGUGGAUACUAUGUGUUGGGUCUAUCAGCAACAAUCGGAGAUACAUUCUUCAAAUGUGUAGAUGCUAACUAUGUCGCAGUGGCACUCAUGGAGAACCUACAGUCAAUGGAGUUUAGACACAUGCGACAGCUUAUUCAUUCCUUUGUAGUUUAUGUAGUAAAAUUUUGUCCGGCAAAUAUGUGGGAGUCAUGGCUUGAAGUGCUCCUGCACCCAUUAUUUACUCAUUGUCAGAAAGCUAUUAGUUCCUCUUGGUCCAGUCUUAUGCGUGAGGGCAGAGCACAAGUUCCAGAUUCGUUCGGUGUACAAAAUGGGCCGGACAUGAAACUUGAAGUAAUGGAAGAAAAACUGCUGAGGGAUUUAACUAGAGAGAUUGCCAACCUCCUCUCAACAAUGGCUUCCCCCAGUUUAAACCCAGGGCUUCCUGUUUUGGAGCAGUCAGGCCAUGUGGGACGUAUUGACAUGUCUACUCUCAAGGAUUUGCUUGCAUUCAAAUCCAACUCUGUGGUCGGAGACCCAGCUCCCCGUCAGGUUUUGCUUUCACUUCCUUGUCUCACGCCCAACGACUUGCGUGCUUUCGAAGAAUCUUUGGCGAAAACUCCAAGUCCUAAAGAACAGAAGCAACUCAUGAAGAGCUUGUUGCUGUUAGGUACAGGGAACAACUUAAGAGCACUUGCUGCCCAGAAAACCGUGAAUGUUAUCACCAACGUCACUUUAAGGUCACGCGGACCAGCAAACACUUCCGAAGCUAAAGAAGACGAAGGGGAAACAAUUGGGUUGGCCAGUGUUUUGUGAGGACCAUUAUACUACACGUAUGAAGUUAAAGAGAGACAGGAGGAUGAAUUCUUACAACGAGACAGAAGUUGUACAGAUAUGUAAAUUACUCGAGAAAGAAGAUCUUGCGAGAGAGGCAACAAGAAGCAAGCUUUUUUUUUUUUUGUUGGCACACAGAUGAUGAUCGGAUACAUUGAGGAGAAGUUUUUCCUUGAGCUUAUGAUGCAAAAACGAGGUUUGUCAUGUUGAACUUGCUAUAAGAAAAAAAGGCGUUGCUACUUCUCUAGAAUAUGUCAUUUUUGUGUUGUACACAAUUUCAGAAAACAUGACACAUCCAUAAUUAAUGAAGUAAAAAUUUCUGAUGUCAUAGACUUUGGUGUUGUGCGUAGUGUUUUAUGAGUAUUUUUAAUCUUUUGCCUUCACUCUGGUAUAUACUCCCUUCGUUCCUAAA